UAGAAACUUAAGACCAGUUUCGAUCUUACCAUUUUAACUUGAAAAUUGUUCUGUGGUAGGUUGUAUAUACGUACAUUCCCUUCAACGCAAGUUUUAUUGCUUCAGACUUCAGAAUAUAUUUUUUAAGGCGAAACGUAGUCGUUUGACAGCUCUCUGUCUUCAUCUAAAGGGAAGCCGUAAUGGCAACCGCUGUGAUUUUUCUUAUUUUCUUCGUAAUUGUCUUUGACCCUGUGCAGCUGACACCAAGUCAUAUUUCAGGACCCGAGGACGUGUACGUGUUCAAGAAUAACGCCGUGAAUCUAAAAUGCACUGUAGGGAAUGCUUCAGGUCAUGCUGUCAUUUGGCAGGCAGUGGACGAGGAUGGAGCCGGAUCGAUCGUUGGGAAGUGCUUUAACUGCCCCUCUCAAGAAAGGUGCUCAGUCGGACCAGGAUUAGAGAGUGAAUACAGUGCCAUGAAGCAAGGUAGCACGUACAUAUUGACCAUUCGCCGACCCCAGGUUCCCAAAACCAAUCCCUUUGGACAUUUCCAAUGCGGUUACCAGAAAGUAAGGAACUGCGAGUCUGAUCCUGUCACGGAAGGCAGGUAUUACUUACUUAGAUCGGCUAUCGUGUAUACUUACGAUUUCCCCUCGUGUGCCAGUGCACUUAUCAAUCAUGAGGGUGACAUAUUCCAUGAUAUGACUUGUACUUGGGCACCACGUUUCUACAUCGGAAAUGAACAUGAGGUUCAGGCAGAGCUUACGAUUAGCGAUAACAAGGUUAAGCCAGAUCUUCUGCUCCCACAUGGUAUGGUAAAACGUUCUAGAUUGGGGAAUGUGCAAGAAUCGGAAGUUUCAUUCCUUAAUCCCAUGUGCACUGUUAUUCUCUCUGGAAAGUCGUCAAGAUCAUGUAACUUUUCUUUACCAAGGGAGUCAGAAUCUUCUGUUCUGAUAAUGCCAUUAAUCGCAUCUAUCAAAGCCGGUCACGCACAGGAGUUUUCUUGCGACGUUCAGCCAAAUUCAACUCUUGAACGAAGUUGGGAAAUCUUCCAGGGUCGGGAAACUUCAGAGAAAAUCCUCACAUCUACACGCUCUAAGGCAGGAGAUGUGACUUUCUUAAGUGCCAACAAGCAUCAUCUCCGCCUUGAGACACGCGACGGGGACGCUCACUAUUACCUGGAGUGUAGCAUAGAGACAAUGACCGGCGUGAAAGUGUCAGCUUUCGCUUACGUCCUUACGCACAGCCUCGAGGAUGAAACGACAGUCAGGCCUCCAGCAGUGACGACAGUGAAGAAGUCAACAGAAUCUGUUGAUAUCAUGCGACGUACCACUCUUCCUGCUGAUGAGCCCAACGAAACCCCACCAGCCAUCGAUGAUAACACGACCGGAAUUUUAAUCUUCGUCAUCGUACCCAUCGUCCUGAUCAUCGCCUUCUUCAUCAUUGGAUUUGCAGUCAUUCGGAAUCGAACCCAAAGGCACAGCUUCAAGCAACCCCCGCGGAAGAUGGAGGUGAACUACUCCAACAUGGGUUCCAAAGAUAACAUAAUAAAAGUAGUAGAUGAUGACGAUGGAGACAUUGAGCAAGAUGUAGGUGCGAAUGCAAACUAAUUGAUUAUCUUUCUUUACGUAGGGUUGUCAAGUAAUAUUGUAACGUUUUAUGACUAUGGGCCUUGUACAAUUACUACUUAUAUCAAUGUUCUGUUGGAAACUUAUUUGAUGUUGAUAAUUUACCGUUUGGUUUAAGAUUUUUUUAAUUAAAAAAAGCAUUUCCUGCUCAUUGGCUUGAAAAAAGAAUAAAAGAAAAGAAAAACAAACGAUUCACCAGAACAAGAAGAAAUCGAUACAUCAAUAUAACUUGCACUAGAGCAAAAAAAUAUUAUGUGUUGUUCUUACAACAAAAGAAGGUUGAUUUUUAUAUUUCUGGAGAAAACAGCUGAAAUUGCCAGAAAAUUUAGUUUGGAAAGAUAUCUUUCAUUUUAAAUUCAAAAAGAUAAAAGAUAACAGAAUUAAGCAAUUUUAUUUCAGACUGUUACAUAAAAUAUUACCUUCCAGAGACAAUUUGUUCAAGUGGAAAGUUAUAAAUACAAAUCAAUGCGAAAUCUGUAAUGAAAUCGAAACCAUUGACCAUUUUCUGUUUUUUUUUGCAGAAAGAUUAAAGUUUAUUGGAAAAUCAUAUCGAGGAUGAUUUAUUUUAUUUUCAAAGAAGAAAUGCUGAUAAGUAUGAAAACAUUGUUAAUUGGGUAUAAAAUAGACAACCCAAAAUUUGAUCUUGUUAAUUUGACGAUCAAUGUUGCCCAGUUUGUAGUUAUUUUUUCAUUAUGUAAAAUGCAACCUUCAAAAUCUAAAUCAUAGCAAUAAGAUAUUGAUCACGGAAUUUGUUUCAUAUUUGAAGUUUUAUUUCAAUCAUUACGGAUCUAAUCAAUUUUGUGUAUUACAGGUCAAGAAAAUUAUUGAUAUAUUGUUAUUUCUGUUGUAAAUGUUACAUCAUUUGUGAAAAAAUUAUUCUUAUGUAAAUAUGUAUAUUUGUAAAUAUUUUGAAACAAUAAAUCCUCAAGGAAGAGGCAAAGAGAAAGAAAAAUAUCAAUGUUCUGUUGGAGAUUAAGGUAUAUUAAAGGAGAAUGAAACCUUUGGAACAAAAGAUAGGUUGUGUGAAAACAGAACAAUCGAAGAAAAAGACUAACGAAAGUUUGAGGAAAAUCGGACAAAUAAUG